CCCUGGGAGCGGGGGAUGGGCUCCGGGCGCGGAGAAACUCCGUCAACAUCCAUCUCCAUCUUCCCAUUCACUGGAGGGCAAGACAAAAGCGGAGCGGAGACUUGGCAGCGGCGCCCGGCGGCUCCUCAGCCGCCCGUGGCACGCAUGGCUCGCCGACGAGGGGCCGCCUCCCGCGCGCCCGCCCUCCUGCCACCCUGCGCCCGCGCUCCCCGCAGCUCCGCUCCGCUCGGCUCCGGCACGGGCGGCGUCUGGGCCGAGCGCCCCGAGCGGCUGGCCGCGCGUCCUUGGAGCGGUGGCCUUCAGGCGCCCCCGGCAGUCCCGCUAAGCAGAGAGCAUCCCGGCGGCGGCGGCGGCGCCUCCCAGCCGCGCGCCCAGCCCCGGGGCCGCCCGGGGACCUGCUCUCCAGCCAGGCCUCCGAUGCUCGCCGCGUUCCAGACUCUCCUGGGGCCUCUCAGCGUUUCCCCUCCCCUCCAACCUUCGGAACAAAGUUACUGGAAGAACCAACCCGAUCGCCGGGAUUCGCCGGGGGAGACUGGCAGGAAGAGGGGACCCGAGGGUCGAUGGGGGAGGAGGAGGGAGAAGCGAGAAGUUGCUGCCAGGCAUCUACUGCAAUGGGCCCCGGGGUGGGCGCCAGCUGGGCGCCGCCUCUCCGGUGCCGAGAGCUCUCCGGUGCUGGAAGGGCGUCCUCAGCAGGGCGAGUCUCCAGGAGCUCCGGGGGCGGCCCGGGGGGCAGGCGGCCAGCUGCGCCUAGGUGUAGAUGUAUAG